AUGGACCACGUGCGGGGCCAGUGCCGCCCGGUCUGUGCCCAGGGCUGUGUGAACGGCUCCUGCGUGGAGCCCGACCGCUGCCUCUGCCACUUCGGGUUCGUUGGCCGCAACUGCUCGACCGAGUGUCGCUGCAACAGGCAUAGCAACUGUGAUGGCGUGGGGGCCCGCGACCGCUGCCUCGAGUGCCACAACAACACCGCGGGUCCCCACUGUGAACGUUGCCGGCCGCUGUUCGUGGGCUCGGCCCUGGGAGGUGGCACGUGCCGCCCCUGCCGAGCUUUCUGCAGAGGGAAUAGUGACAUCUGUGUGUCUGAGAAGGAGCUGGAAAUGGCCCGAGAGGAUCCUGAGAGGUACCCCCUGAGCCCUGAGGAGAUUGAGAAGUGGGUGUCCGAGGGGCCCAGCGAGGACGAGGCCGUGUGUGUAAACUGUCAGAACAACAGCUACGGGGACAAAUGCCAGCGCUGCCUGGAAGGCUACUUCCUUCUGGAUGGUCGCUGUACCAAGUGCCAGUGUAAUGGCCACGCGGACACCUGUAAUGAGGAUGGGACGGGCUGUCCCUGCCAGAACAACACAGAGACGGGCACCUGCCAGGGCAGCUCCCCCAGUGACCGCCGGGACUGCUACAAGUACCAGUGUGCCAAGUGCCGGGAGUCGUUUCAUGGCAGCCCGCUGGGGGGCCAGCAGUGUUACCGGCUCAUCUCGGUGGAGCAGGAGUGCUGCCUGGACCCCACCUCCCAGACCAAUUGCUUCCACGAGCCCAAGCGCCGGGCCCUCGGCCCUGGGCGCACCGUGCUCUUCGGGGUCCAGCCCAAAUUCACCAACGUGGACAUCCGCCUGACCCUGGACGUGACGUUCGGCGCCGUGGACCUCUACGUCUCCACCUCCUACGACACCUUUGUGGUCCGCGUGGACCCCGACACCGGCAUCCACUCUGUCCACAUCCAGCCCCCCCCUCCGGCCCCCCCGCCUGUGGCUGCGGAGGCGGGGCUGCGAGCCGGGGAGGUGAGGGCCGGGGGGCCCGGGGCGCCCCCUGAGCCGCGGAUCCGCGAGGUACGCCCGCGGGGGCUCAUCACCUACGUGACCGUGAUUGAGCCGGCCGCCGUGCUGGUGGUGCGCGGGGUGCGGGACCGGCUGGUCAUCACGUACCCCCACGAGCAGCACGCCCUCAAGUCCAGCCGCUUCUACCUGCUGCUGCUGGGCGUCGGGGACCCCACGGCGCCUGGCGCCAACGGCUCGGCCGACUCCCAGGGCCUGCUCUUCUUCCGCCAAGACCAGGCACACAUCGACCUCUUCGUCUUCUUCUCCGUCUUCUUCUCGUGUUUCUUCCUCUUCCUGUCGCUCUGUGUCCUGCUCUGGAAGGCCAAGCAGGCCCUGGACCAGCGGCGGGAGCAGCGGCGACACCUGCAGGAGAUGACCAAGAUGGCCAGCCGCCCUUUCGCCAAGGUCACCGUCUGCUUCCCUCCUGACCCGGCCGUCACCAUCCCCUGGAAGACGACGGGCAUCGGCCUUCCGCCCCCCGCCUUCCGCCGCUCAGAGCCUUUCCUGGCCCCGCUGCUGUUGACUGGGGGUGGGGGCCCUUGGGGAGCCGGCAGUGGGGGCUGCUGCCCCGUGGCCCUGAGGGCUGGGCCCAUCACCCUGGAGCCCACGGAGGACGGCAUGGCAGGGGUGGCCACGCUCCUGCUGCAACUGCCCGGGGGCAUCUACACCCCGAACCGGGCCUGCCUGGGCUCCGCCCUGGUCACCCUGCGGCACCGGCUGCAGGAGUACUGUGGAGGUGGCAGCGGACCCGGGGCCAGUGGGCACGGGGCGGGCGGGGGGAGGAAGGGACUGCUGACUCACGACAACCUCACCAGCAUGUCUCUCUGAGGGCCCCGGGGUGGGGAGGGUCGCGGCCGAUCCCUGCUCCCUGCCCCAUCCCUCGAGGCAGAACUCCCUAGCUGGCCGAGCUCCGGACUCUGGAUUCCCCAGACCCCUGUGCUUUAGCAGCCCCUUGUUUGGACGCCAGGAGGACUCGGGGCCAAGUUUCUUCUCUGCGGACAGCCUCCCCUUCACCCGUGUACCCGACAUCUUGACCCCUGGAACCCUUCUGCCCCAAACUAGCUGCUCCCGAGUUUGAACCUUGGGCAGGCCUGUAGGCCUAGACACUGGCCCUCACCAUUCCUGCGGGCCCCUCCUCUUUGGAUUCAUCCCAGCACUCAGACUUGGAAGGGUCCUUGUGGACCUCUGGUCCAACUCCUCACUGAAAACAUCCCAACUGACCUAUGUUGGAAGACCUCCAUUGCGGGGGACCUCGCUACCUCUUGAGGCCGUUCAUUCCAGUUAGAGAUUGUUCUCGCUAACAUGGCCCACAGCUCCUGCGUCUGCACCGUUGGGCCCAAAGGGACAGGUUGUGGCCGUCGGAGCCACUGGAGCAGCUCCCACGUCCCCUGCAGGGUCGGCGUCUCCAGGCCCACCACGUGCCCUUCCUUCAGGCCUAAAUGUGAGGCACACAUUCACCCUUCCGGUUCUCCCGGCCACUCCUCUCUGUCUCCUUCCUAACCCCCCGGAAGUGGUCUAACUAGAACUCUUCCCUUGUUCCUGGAAGCGGUGGCUCUUGAGGAGCUCGGCCCAAGGCCACCGGCGGUGGCAGCUUUCUUGGCUGCCUUAUCUCAGUGUGGAGCUUGUCAAAUCAAACCCCGAGACCUUCCUCAGAAGAAGAACUGCUCGCUAGGCCUUCAGUCACCUUGUCACAUUGUUUCUUUGAAGCCACUUGUAAGACUUAACACUUAAAUUUUUUGUUGUUGGA